ACACCGGUCUGCAGACAUCACUGCUACAAUCAUCUUCUUCGUGAUAGUUCGGUUACAGUAAUAUGUUUCUUCUUUUAUCAUGACCGAUAUAUAAACUGUAUCAUGCACGUGUGCGUUUUCUGCGAACAAUAUUACAUUAAAUGGUGUAAGUUUUAAGGUUAACGUAUAAGUUGAAGUUCUUUGUUUUAUUAGUGUCGUCUGUUAGCUAUUUGUGGGACAUAGACCUGCGCUAUUUGCAUAAUCCAAGGUAUUUUGUUUGGUGUUGUUUUAAGACGAAAUGAGUUAGUUCAUCCCAAACUUUCAAGGAAAAAUACGGUUGAGAAAAAAUAGUUAGGAUCUUAAUGUAUGGCAACCAACCUUGACAGUUUGGAACCAUUUGAAACCGAUAGUUUAAGUAACUUAACUGCAGGACUGAAAAUGAAGGAGCCUCCAGUAACAACGGCAACUAAUGGAGACAGGAAUUAUCGUCUGGAAGACUUUGAAAAGAAGAAGACAAUAGGUACAGGAACGUUUGGAAGAGUGUGCUUGUGUCGAGAUAAACUGUCUGGCAGUUAUUAUGCUAUGAAAAUUCUAGAAAUGGUUGACGUCAUUCGACUGAAGCAGGUGGAGCACGUGAAGAACGAGAAAACAAUUCUUCAACAAGUCACUCACCCUUUUAUCAUUAAUAUGAUUUGGACAACGCAUGACGACAGUUCUCUCUACAUGUUAUUUGAGUACGUUUGUGGUGGGGAGUUAUUCACUUACCUGCGAAACGCCGGUAGGUUCAGUAGCACUACAGGAGCUUUCUAUGCUGCAGAAAUAGUGCUAGCUCUGGAAUAUCUUCAUAAACAGCAAGUCGUGUACAGAGACUUGAAACCCGAGAAUCUGCUGCUGGACAGAGAUGGUCAUCUUAAGAUCACAGACUUUGGUUUUGCAAAGAAAUUAACUGACAGGACUUGGACUUUAUGUGGAACACCAGAAUAUUUAGCUCCAGAAAUCAUCCAAAGCAAGGGUCACAAUAAGGCUGUUGACUGGUGGGCUCUAGGUAUACUAAUCUACGAAAUGUUAGCUGGGUACCCUCCUUUCUUUGACGACAAUCCAUUUGCUAUCUACGAGAAGAUCCUAGCUGGAAAACUAGACUGGCCUCGACAUAUUGACCCGGUAGCGAAGGAUCUAAUAAAGAAGCUGCUUGUUCAAGAUCGUACAAAACGACUAGGAAGUAUGAAGAACGGGGCUGACGAUGUAAAAAGACAUCGAUGGUUCAAAGGCAUUAACUGGGACGAUGUUUUAAACAGAAGAGUGAAGCCUCCCAUUGUCCCUAAGGUGAAGUCUGACGGAGACACGGGUAACUUUGAUGAUUAUCCGGAAGGAGACAACCAUAAGAGAGCCUCACUUCUUACUGACAAGGAAAUGAAAAUGUUCGAGGAAUUUUAGCCGAAGAUCAAGUCUCUUAGUUUAGCCAAACAAUUGGAUCAUAUCAAAGUGCUGAAAGUAAAGAUUAUAUCUUGUUGUAUUGGGAAAGAGUUCUGGUCAUAGAUGUGUUAAUUGUUAUACUCUCAUUAAGAUGCAAGAUUUAUCGUUUUUGUUAACACGUAUAAUCGCAAAGUCUAGAAAAAAACUAAAAUACAACAACAUGCAGUGUGUUUAAUCGUGUACAAUCAUUUAACCAAGUCCAUAUUUAAACACAAUACCAGUGUGUGUGUGUCUGUCUGUGUAUUAAGACUAUAUAUGUUUUUCAGUUGUAACGGCAUUACUGGGUUUACAGAAAUUUAAUUUAAGUAUCUCCAAAGGUCAUAGUGUUAAUAAUAAUAAAAAAAUAGAAUAUUGA